CUGAUGAAAUGGACUCACUGAUGAUGUAAUUUUCAAAUUUGGCUUUUCAUUAUCGGCGGGCAUGCUCUGCUCUGCACUCGGCCGGAGGUUUUUUUUUUUUUUUUGGUAAUGAAGAAAUUCAUCAAGGGACAAAAGUCCAAGAGCCCAGCAAAAGAACUGAAGCCCAGAAACAUACAACGAAGGAAAUGUUUAAUUUCAACUAAAGCCCAAGCUCCGUCGCGUGAGGCAUGGGAGUCCGUCGUUCCUCGAAACAGGGACGGUGGUGGCUGAUUAGCCCAUCUCAGAGGACCCACCGUCCGACUGGCAAGCGAGGCCGCCGUAUUGGCAGCACGAUUCGCUUCUCUGGGAACCCAUUCCCAAUCACAAUCAUCAGAGAGCAUCUCUUUUGAUUUGAUUCAAGAUCGGAUAAGUACUCCAACUCCUUCAAGUCUUUGAUAAUUUCUUUCGAGUCUGACUCAAAUCUCACAUUUUUCAGGUUCAUAGAAAUGACAAAGUUAACUCCAGCCAACAGAGCUUCAGAUUCAGCAAUAACCACAGAGCUGCAGAUUGCAGGUGUAGUUAAUCCACCCAGAAGGGAUCCUGAAUGGUCACGGAUAAUAACACCCAAACCAGCGAAGUUGGGGGCAGACCAUGCAGUGUUGCAGUUCACCUUUGCAAAGCUUGCAGGCGGAGCAAUCCAACUAGAAGGAGAAGGAGCUUCCGAGGCCUCAGUCGCUGGAACAAUCGGUGAAGGCUUUGUGAACUUCAGGAAUUCUGAAAUCAGAUUGGAGGUGGAGUUAAUUGUUUGAAGAGGGUAAAUACUCUUAUGCUGGUAGAUAAAGGCGAAUCUUGACUUCCAAAUGUUCCAGCAGAAGAAACUGAUGAUGGUUAGUAACCUCUUUUUUUUCACUCUUGCUGGUUUGAGAAUUUGCAAUAGAUAGAAACCACUGAUCAAUAGAAACCAGCCAAAGGAAUUUAACACCAAGCGUACACACCAGUCUCUCUCUCUCUCUCUCUCUCUCUGUAACCCCUUUAUUCUAUUCUUUGUCCGUCAAAUUUCUCUGAAUUUCAAGCCUAUUGAUUAUCACCCCACCUCUCCUCUCCGUCUUUGUUUGCAUGACUUCCACAGCUCGCAUUUGUUAAUCUUUCCAAAAUCCCAAUUGCUUCUUCUUCUGGGAACGCCUCAUAUCUCAGGUUCUUCUCUCUUUUUCUUUCUACUUACACCUCUCUUUUCUUGUUUGUCUUCUUGUUUUCCUCUUCUUGAUUUUCUUUUAUAUUUAUGGUUGAGCAGUGAGCAGUGAUUUUCUGGCUGACUUGUCUUGCGAAAUGCAUAAAUUUAGCAUAGUUCUUGAUUAGCUUGAAUUUUGUUUACAUGGUAAUGUGGGUGAAAAUAAAAAAAGGGUGGGGUUCUGUGGAGGAUUAAGGGCCUUUUGUGUAGCUAAGAAGCAAGAAUUUCAUGGGGGCUGAUAUAAUUGUUGCUGAUUUAUCAGAAUAUUAGAAAUUCUGUCCAUUUUGAGCUGUAAUUAUUUCUGGGUAUUUGACCAAAAGAACAAGGACCAAUCACUUUCACAGAGUAUACUAUUCAAAACCUUCCAUUUGGGUUUCUCAGAAAUCCAUAAAAGGAAGCAAAAUGAAAUUCCAAUUUAUUCAAAACCAAAUCUUUUGCAUUCAGCUUUCCAGUUCUUGGGUAAAUAGUGAAACCUUUUAGUUCCAUUGCCUUUUGCCUUUUUGCCUUCCAGGGCUUUCAGAUGAGUGGAAGUGUUGACCGGCACAUUGGUCACAAUUAUUGAGCUUGGGUGAAUGAUACUAACUUUAUUUUUGUUGUUGGGUUCACAGGAAAGAUAUCAGGAUGCCACUACUUCAUGAGUUCAGGGCUUAUUGUUCUUAAAUGCAGGGUAGUAACUUGGGGGUCCAAAAUCAUAGAACAAGUUCAUAUGUCAUGGAAUAGAUACUGUUAUUAUGUAUACGUAGACAAAAGAAUGAAGUGCAUUUCAUGAAAAUUGAAGAAGUAAUAACUCUGUUUUGAUGGAAAGAUCAAAAUGUCUAGCAGUUGUUGAAUGUGUGAUAUUAAACCUCAAAAAUUGAGGAAUUCUUGUCAAAGCUGAAAUUGCUUGGAUGCUCAAAGAGGGUCUCAAGGUUUGGUUUUGUUUUUUGUUUUUACUUGAAUCAACUUUCAUUUCUAAUAUAGACUUGCUUGAGUGAAAUAUCGACAACUUACAGUAUACUUAGUGGACUACUUGUUUAUUCUCUCCUCUGUUGUGUUUCUACUUCCUUGAUCUUUUUCCGUUGGGCUGCAUUCUGAUUAGAUCAUGUUGCUUUGUAGGGAAGGAAAACAAAAUACAAGAUACUAAAUCUCAUGGAAUAGAAGCAGUUGAAUUUUAACCGGCCACUUCUAUCUGUGAGACGUUUCUCAGCGACAACUGUCUCCUCAGUAGCUGAUGACAAAAGGAAGACAGCUAAAUCACAACCGAAACUACCUCCUCUUGUUGUCAGAACUGAAAUCAGGUCCAGUGAGGAAUCUGGGAACUGUGCCUUUUAUAUGGGAGCAAAUUCCAGGAAGACCCAAGGACGAAAGUAUACCCAAAAAUCAGGAUCUUGAAGGGCCUCUGGUUGCACCAAAGCUUCCACCUCGAAGGGUCUCAAAGUUUAAGAAGCAAGGGUUGGAUAAAGGUGCUAAAGGUACAACAGCUGCUCAAUCCCAAACUGGGAAUGAGCUUUCCAGUGCUCAAACUAUUUCAGCCUUGGAGAGAAAAGUAGCUACUAAGGAUGAAAGAUCUAAAGAGGGGAAGGAGGAGAGGACUAGUUCAGAGGAUGGUGAUGAGACCUAUUUAGAUGCACUUGAUGCAUUUUCUAGAACUGAAUCAGCCUAUAUGAACCGUAGUCAAAAGCAAUGGCUUCAGAAACACCUCAUAAUGCUCCUAGGAAGCAACAAGUGGCUAGAGAGCAACCAAUUCCAGAGAGGAACCAAGAAGGGUGAGAAAGGUAGUGACUGGGGAUAAGCAGCAUCAAUUUAAUCAAUAUAGGCCACUUUAUGUUCGAGAUAUAACUGGGGAAGCAAGUGAGGAUGAAGGGAUGAGAAUGCUGGUGCAAUUACCCAUUUCUUCUGUUCGUAGGGUGCACAGUAACUCUUCUUAUUCUCACACUGAAGCUAAAGAAAAGAUAUUCUUCCUUCUCUAUUUUUUUCCUUAAUGUUUUCCUUUUAUUAUUAUACGGUCAAGAAGUUUUUUUGAACAUUAACUGUUUAUUUCUCUAGCAUGCCGGGAGUGGUGUAUAUAAACAAAGAUUAAUUAGUGGUGAUCAAGAAGCUGGGCUGCAUGAAGAUAACAUUGAUUUGAAACGUGAAUCCAACCAGAUCAGUAACAGAAGUGAUGGUCUGACAUUAGAUGGGUCAUCAGUAAACAGCUGUCUGCAGGGUAGUGGCAUACCACCCUACCGUAGGGAAUGUUCUCAGUCUAUCCUUCAUGAUGGAAAAUGUUUUCUUGGUAUUCCUGAGAAAGCUAAGAGUUCCAAGGAGACUAGUAGCUCGGAUAAAUAUAGAAACGACUGCAGGUUUCUGGAAAUAUUGGCUAGUGAGAAUGCUGAAUGGGAAGCGGGCUUAGGAAGUCCUGUGGUUGAGAAGACACUGUAUGUUGAUUCUGUACAGACAGUAAAAUCUUCAAGUUCAAAUUCAUUUUCCUCGGAUAUAAAGGGCGAGAUAAAGGGACUUAUUGAUUACAAACGGAAUGAUUUGGCAUUCCUGAAAGAAGUGGUGAAAUGGAAGAAACUCCAUUGGCAGAGUCUUCAUGUGAAGAUAUUGAACACCCGGGGGAUGUGAAUGAGAAGGCAGUAGUUCAGUUUGAAUGUUUGGACUUCUCUAACUCCAAUUUUCUGUCUUCAUCUGGCAAAUCCAUCGGUGAUGGGCAAACAAUCACAAGAAAUGGUUCUCUACAGGAUCAAAAGGAUUCUAACAAACUGGCAAUCUCAGUAGUGUCCAACCAAGAGGAGUUUAAUUUAGAAAGCCAACAGUUGGAGAAUUCAGAUGAUCAAGAAAAUUGCCAUGGACUUACUCAGGAGUCUAUUAGGUUGACAAGCGUGAAGCUGGCUGAUGAGGAGAACACUGAUUUAGAAACCCAACAGCCUAAGACUUCAGGUACUGAUGACAUUUCUCAUGGCCUAGUUCUUAUUACCUUGAUCAGCUCGAAAGUGGCCAGGAAGGGGAAGAUUGAUUUAGAAAGCCAACGUCUUGUGAAACUUGGUAAUCAAGGUAGUUCCCAGGGCAACAAUGCACGACUACCUUUUGGAUAUCCUUUACCAAAAUCACCGUCAGAGUCUUGGCUAAAUCGUACCUUGCCUACCAUUUCCUCCAGGAAUUCAUCUUGGCAGUCGUCUCUUGGUUCACGCAUUUAUACCAGCAGUCUGGUUUCUAAGAUAUCCUCUCUCGAUCCCAAGUGGGAGACGAUUGUGGAAACUUGUAAUGUGCAUCAUGGGCGUUUGCGGUUUUCUGAGGAACUUCUUACACCUAUACCAGAAGCUUAGAUUGUGUACCUCUUAUCUGAAGCUCACCAGCUUAUUCAUUUGCCUUGGUUGAAUGUCUCUCUUGAUGGGCUUAGGUGAUAAAAUUUUCUUUUUCACUUGUUAAAAGAUUUAAAGGUUACUAUACUCUGCUGUACAUGACAAGCCCAUCUCUGAUGCUGUAAUUUUCUUAUAAAUCUCGUAAUAAUUUUUUGUUUCUUUGAACUUGAAGUUUCUUACUCUACUGCGAUUCUUGUAUAAAGGGAUGCAAUAGCUGUAUUUUGUUUAUAAAAAGAAAAAUUAAUAAAA